AUGGCGCCAUCCCGUUUCGAACUGCUCUGCAUAGUCCUCCUUGGACUAGGGCACAUGUGCAUAUUCAUAGGCUAUGAUGCACAGGGCAAUUCUAACAGUGGAGGAAUCCAGUCUAACCAGCACCAUUUGCAGACGUUCGUUGUCGAAUCCGUCCUGCACUCGGUGAACUCCCGUGAGCCAAAGCGAAUUGAUGCUCAUGCCGGUUACUAUGGGCAGGCGACCUGUUAUAUGGGGUACAUGCUGGCCUGUCUUAUAACACCAUCGCUGCUACCGCUGCUUUCGGCAAAAUGGUCACUUUUUCUCGGCUCCAUCAGUUGGACUAUCUAUCAUGCGGGAUUUUUCUACCUCAACAACUAUUUCUACUACUUUUCAAGCGCACUGAUGGGAAUCGGAUUUGCCUGUGAGUCUCAUUGUGCAUUGUUUUCUCAUAGAAGUACUGCUACAAUCUUCUAUACUGGCUAUACUGCUUACCUCACGUCACACUCCACUAGGAACACUAUCGAACAAAACUCGGCCAUCGCUUGGUCCAUAGGAAAUCUCUGCCUUCUCUUUGGCGGAGCAGUGCUAUUUGUCGUAUUUCACUUGAACGACCCCGUAACCCCAACGAUAAAUGGGAACUCAACGACAGCAGUGGACGAGUCUGUGAUUUCGCGUCAAUUCAAUGAUGAAGAUAUCUUCUGGAUGUAUGCCAGUUUUGCUGCAAUAGCAGCAUGUUCAAAUAUGAUAUUCUUCUUUAUUCCGGCACGAGAUAUAAAAGAGUGCAUCGAAGGAGGCCGCCCGCAGUCGACUCUACCAUUCGGAAAAGAAAUGCGUAAGUAUGAUCCCAUCACAACUCAGGGGAUGCUUUAUUUUAUCAUUUUUUCAUCGCAGACCGUGCGACACGCAUAUAUGCCGCACAUGGUGUGA